UUUUUUUUUUGGCGGAAGAUGCUUGAUUCGAGAGCCCCGACAGGAAAAGGCGUUACAAAUGCUAGGGCACUCUGAUCAGAUCCCGCCACUUUCAAACGUCUCUAGUGCCGGCCGAGAGAAGUUGCAGAAUCGUCCAGAAGGAGAAUGGCUACACCACCAAAAAGAAUGUGCAUCAGUCCUCUUUUCAAUGAUAGCUUUGAAAAGAGAGCUAAAAAAAUUUCAAUCGAGGGGAAUAUUGCUGCAGGGAAAUCUACUUUUGUUCGGAUUUUGGAACGAAGCAGUGAUGAGUGGGAAGUUGUUCCCGAACCUAUUGCGAAAUGGUGUAACGUACAAACCACUGAAAAUGAAUACCAGGAACUUACAACAUCCCAAAAGAGUGGUGGCAAUCUCCUCCAGAUGCUCUAUGACAAACCAAGUAGAUGGGCAUACACAUUUCAAACUUACGCUUGUCUGAGUAGAGUUCGGGCACAGCUUAAGCCUUUGUCUUCCAAAAUUCAGGAAGCAGAACAUCCUAUACAGUUCUUUGAAAGAUCUGUAUACAGUGACAGGUAUGUAUUUGCCUCAUCGUUGUUUGAAUCUGGAAACCUUAAUGAAACUGAAUGGUCCAUUUACCAAGAUUGGCAUGCUUGGAUAUUGAACCAAUUUGGUUCAGAAAUCGAAUUGGAUGCCAUAAUCUACCUACGAGCAACUCCCGAAAAAUGUAUGGAGCGACUUCAUCUAAGAGGCCGUGAGGAGGAACAAGGAAUUGAGUUAGAGUAUCUAGAGAAAUUAGAUUAUAAGCAUGAAUCAUGGCUUCAUAACCGAACAAUGAAGGUUGACUUUGAAUACUUGAAGGAGAUUCCUAUUUUGGUGCUAGAUGUUAAUGAAGAUUUUAAGGAUGACAAGAUUAAACAAGAGGACAUUUUAGAAAAGGUGAAGGCAUUCUUGCAGUCAUUAUAGCAGAAGGAAAUUGAUAACAAACUUGAAUGUUUUGCACUGACUUUUAUCUGUUGUAUGAACUUGGGAGUAAAUAACUUGGAUUUGAGAAAUAAGUUUUAUCUGAAAAACGCUUAGCAUUGUUGGACUGGAUGCAGGUUGCCCCUAAUAUAGCAUGCACCAAAUUUGGUAUUCAGUCCAACAUUCUCUACGCAAGCAAUUGUAAAUCUUUCACACAAACUGCAUUGCCAAAUCACUUUUAUGAAAACUGUUAAUUGUUUCUUUCAUGACCAGCACUUAUUCCUUGAUUUCAUAGCUGACUUCAUCAUUUAUUUAUAAUUCAAUUGACACCAGUCAUUUUUUUCCCUUUUAAGACGUAUAGACUGUCAUUUUAAAGUCAUUACAAUGAGAAAAUGUACAGUCGACGUUGCAGGCCGAGACCCUAGCUCUUCCUUCAGUUAGUCCUGACGAAGGGUCUUGGCCUGAAACGUCGACUGUACCUCUUCCUAGAGAUGCUGCCUGGCCUGCUGCGUUCACCAAGCAACUUUGAAUUUCAAGCAUCUGCAGAAUUCCUCGUGUUUACAAUGAGAAAAUACUUUUUUUGUAUUUUUUGUGUUUUAUUAUGAUUUUUCUGUACCUUUGGAAAGUGUUUUGGUGGCAUUUGGCCAUGUGCUUGUUACAGCUAUAUUCUACAUAUUCCUUUGAAAAUGGAAAUUACUAUGGGAACAAGUAUUAAAUAGCAAAGCACCUCUGAUAGACUGAGCUUCAUGUAAUGUGCAACUAAUAAAUCAUUUAUUAGAGA